AUGGACGUGGAUGUCGUGGCGGCGGAUGAUGCCCCCUCGACUUCGAGACCUCUUGCAUCCGCGGGCCAGGACUCUCAGACGCCCCCUGUGCAACUCGACGUGGUCAACAAGCUGGACGACGCGGAGAAGAGGGAACAACAGUGGCAGAAUGACGCCACGGUGAAUGAAUGGCGGACAGCGCCCGGCGAGGCGGGCACGAAAGGCCGAUACGGGAAGUGCGUGUUGGAUGCGCUUCGACCGACUGUGAACGACGUCGUGGCCGUCGUCACCGAGUCGCGCACCGUCGGCGACCUCUUCGCCAACUUCCACGCCAUCCGCAUGGUGGAGGAGUUUGAGCGGCGGAAGCAGGCUGGCCAGGCAGACGCGGAUGCGGCACUGCAACCAUUCGACCAGAUAUUUUUCGCCAGAUGCCUGAUGCUCAUUUGGCGACCUCGCGAGGCAGCCGGCGGAAAUGCGGGCACCAAUGCAAAGGCAGCGUUCGCGCCACUGGCCGAGUCCGUCGCCCUCUUCCGGGAGACGCUCGAGCGGGCUGGCGUCACCCUUCAGCCGCGCGACCUGGAGUACAUCCGCCCGCUCAUCGAAGAAGCGGCGGGGGACCUAGCGACAGCCACCUCUACGUACUACAAGAGGGAGCUCCUCCGACCCGGUCGCCGCUCCCGAUCAGGCAACCUCGACCCCAGCGAUUGGCGCCAGCGCAGCUGCUGA